AGCGACAACUUGUAAGCUGACCCAUCCGGAUAGAGGCUCGUGGCCGGAGCAUUAGCAACUGGCAGUCGAAGGCAGCCCACAAAAGCUGAGAGACUCUUGACAGAGACAGUGAGGUACUGCUGAGAGUUAAAAUACGAGUCGAGAGGAGGCCCAAAAGCAUUUGGACACGGUGCUCAAGAGCCGCUCACUUCAGUCGGGGGAGGUGAAUCGGUUCAACACGAGCGCGUCGACUUUUUCUGCUCUCUCGUCCAUUUUCGCCAUCGGCAGACCGACUUAAACAAUCGUUUAAACAACAACAACAACAGUUUUUGAAUUUUCCCCAUUUGAACUUUAUAUCGGCCGAAUUUUGGGUUUGGACCGCUGUGCUCCCGUUCGUACCUCAGCUAGAAAAACCGGUGUGCUUUAACCGUUUCAAACUUCCCGCUUGAAUUUUUUAUUUUCGUUCCGGUUCGUUCGUGAUUCGAGUGAAAACAGACACCACCCAGUUUAUUAAAAAAAGACAUCGAUUGCAUAAUUACUUCAUCGGCGAAUUUUAAAUUUCAUCGGAAAUCGCCGUGUGACAAAUAGCCGAAAAAUAUUUCAUCAACUGUGCCGGGAGGACGUUGGACUCGACAGCGGAGCCAUGAUGGACAGUCAUAGUGGUGUGAACCAACUAGGCGGAGUGUUCGUCAGCGGUCGACCCCUGCCGGACCAGACGCGCCAAAAGAUCGUCGAAUUGGCCCAUUCGGGAGCCAGGCCUUGCGACAUUUCGCGCAUCCUUCAAGUCUCCAACGGAUGCGUCUCGAAAAUACUCGGAAGGUAUUACGAGACGGGCUCGAUCCGGCCUAGAGCCAUUGGCGGCUCCAAACCUCGGGUGGCCACCAACGAUGUCGUCGGCAAAAUCUCGCAGUUCAAACGCGAAUGCCCGUCCAUCUUCGCCUGGGAAAUUCGCGAUCGUCUCCUCCAGGAAGCCAUCUGCAAUAACGACAACAUUCCCAGCGUUUCAUCCAUCAACCGUGUGUUACGCAACUUGGCGGCGCAGAAGGAGCACCAGCAGCAGCAUCAGCAUCCGCACCAGCACGCCACUAUUCCGUCGCCGGACUCGGUCUACGACAAACUCCGAAUGCUCAACGGGCAGUCGCAGUGGCCGCGAACCAACACCAACACCUGGUAUCCCAAUGGCAACGGCGCUGGAUUGGGUUUAACCACCGGAGUAGGAGCGGGUAGUCCACCUUACACCCCAUUGCCCGGAGCAACGAGCCCGGAUCAGACCCCGCUGUGUCAUCAAAUAUCCAGCAACGACGGAUCCUAUAACCACAAGAAAGGCGGUGACGACGUGAUGUCGGAAGACGGCGGCGUCAGUUCUGGGGAGAAUUCGCGGUCGGCUCCGCCCACGCCGACGACGACGACACCUUCCGACGACGACCAGGCUCGACUGCGGCUCAAGCGCAAACUCCAGCGCAACCGCACCUCCUUCACCAACGAGCAGAUCGAGAGCCUCGAAAAAGAAUUUGAACGGACACAUUAUCCAGAUGUUUUCGCCCGCGAGAGACUCGCCGCCAAAAUUGGAUUGCCGGAAGCACGGAUCCAGGUUUGGUUCAGCAACCGACGAGCUAAAUGGCGUCGCGAGGAGAAAUUGCGCAACCAACGACGUGGACCGGACCAACAACAAUCAUCUUCGCAGCAACCGGAUCAAGUCAAUCCUCAGCAACAGCAGCAGCAGCAACAACAACAACCGCAACAGCAGCAGCAACAACAGCAGCAGCAGCAAAUCAACGUCGUGGAACCUCCUCCCAGUUCACCGCGCAGUGUUUCCCAUUCCGCCAAUUAUCCCGGCGGCAUUUAUUCGUCAUUAGCAACUUCCAUGAUGACUGACACGUACAGUUCUGCGUUCAACGGAAUGAAUUCGAUGACGGGAUUCAGUGCCAUGGGUCAUCAUCCGGGCGGCCAUGGGGCCGUCGGACCCGUCGCAGCGGCCGCCAUGACCCCGGUAACUCCGUCGAUGAGUCACAUUGCGGCCGUCCCACCCAUCGGCACUGGUCCUUGUAGCCUUCAGCAGCAACAGCAGCAGCCACACCAACAACAGCAGCAACAACAGCAACCGCCUCAUCAAACUCAGCAACCACGGGACCAUCACUCCGCUCAUUCGGUCCAUUCGUCGGGUGGCUAUUCGUGCAUGAGUCGAAUGUCUGGUGGUUACGACAUUUCGUCCUACAACCGCCACCACCCGCACCUAUCGCACGCCAUGGGUCAAGUGAGCGGCCCAAUCGGACCAACCGCCACGUCCGUUUCAAAUUCGCUUGCUCACAACUAUCAUCAGUCCGUCAACAGCCAGUAUGGAAUGCAUCACAACAGUCACAACACCACUACCGGUUUAAUUUCGCCUGGAGUUUCUGUUCCAGUGGCUGUCCCAGGUCAACCCACUGCCGAAAUGCACCAUCAGUACUGGACACGACUGCAGUAGAUUAUUGAUAAUAUGCCUAACUUAGCCCCGUUCAUGUUCUAUAAAAGAUGAAUCCAUUGGUAUCCAUGAUUAUCAAAAAGAAAGAAAAUUCUAAAAAAAUUCAAAAACCUAUAAAAUCU